GUACAUGCCUGCAUGGUCUGGCCGAGGAUCCAGGAAGGUCGGCGGAAAGAAAAGAAGGGAGACCGCGUACAUCAUGAUCCGAAACCUCAACGCAUGAAAGCCGAUCCUUCACAUCCUCAACUCCAGCUCUCAUCUAAAGGAAGGCAUCAUGAUUCCUGUGAUGGAAUUCCGACAGUUCUCUGAACAGCAGCCAGCAUUCAGGGUCCUGAAGCCAUGGUGGGAUGUGUUCACAGACUACCUGUCGGUAGUAAUGCUCAUGAUUGGUGUGUUUGGAUGCACUCUUCAGGUAAUGCAAGAUAAAAUCAUAUGCCUUCCUCAGAGAGUACCGCGGACUUCGGAGAACACAAGUGAAGUGGAAGUGAAGUCACUGUUACACCUGCAAUCCAAUAUUUCAGCCGUACCAAGAGAAAUGACAGGCCUGAAAACCGAUCUGGAUCUUCAACAGUACAGUUUUAUCAAUCAGAUGUGUUACGAGAAGGCUCUGCAUUGGUACGCCAAGUACUUUCCUUAUUUGGUUCUUAUACACACCCUCAUUUUCAUGGUGUGUAGCAACUUCUGGUUCAAAUUCCCCGGCUCGAGCUCUAAGAUAGAGCAUUUUAUCUCCAUGCUUGGCAAGUGCUUUGACUCUCCCUGGACCACACGAGCUUUGUCAGAGGUGUCCGGAGAAAAUACGGAAGAAAAGGACCAUAAAAAGAGCGCAACUUCUAGGUCCAACAUUGCCGUGUCUCCUGGAGAAGGAAGUUUGGAGAAGACACAGUCCCUCCGGUCGAUCCCAGAAAAGUUUGUAGUUGACAAGCCAUCAGCAAGUGCUCUUGAUAAAAAAGAGGGUGAACAAGCUAAAGCACUUUUUGAAAAGGUGAAGAAGUUCCGUUUGCACGUUGAGGAAGGAGACAUCCUUUAUCUUAUGUACGUUCGGCAGACAGUGUUCAAGGUGUUCAAAUUCCUCCUGAUCAUUGCCUAUAAUAGUUCUCUAGUGAAUAAAGUGCGGAAUAGUGUGCGUUGUGAAGUUGAGAUCCAGGACAUGACAGGCUACAACGACUUUGAAUGUAAUCACACAAUGGCUCAUCUGUUUUCUAAGCUUUCUUACUGUUACCUGUGUUUAGUGGCUGUCUAUGGAUUAACAAGCCUAUACACCUCUUACUGGCUGUUUUACCGCUCACUGAAAGAAUACUCCUUUGAGUAUGUGCGACAGGAAACAGGCAUCAAUGACAUCCCAGACGUCAAGAACGACUUUGCUUUCAUGCUACACAUGAUUGAUCAAUAUGACCCACUGUAUUCUAAAAGAUUUGCAGUUUUUCUAUCCGAGGUCAGUGAGAACAAACUUAAACAGCUCAACCUCAACCAUGAGUGGACCACAGAGAAAUUGCGACAGAAACUGCAGACUAACGGCAACAACAGACUGGAACUUCAGCUGUUCAUGCUCCCGGGGUUACCUGACACUGUCUUUGAGUUGACAGAGCUGCAGUCACUCAAGCUAGAGAUCAUCAACAAUGUCACCAUCCUUGCCUCAAUCGCUCAGCUGGAAGACCUUCAGGAGCUGUCUCUUUACCAAUGCUCUUUAAAGUUGCACACAGCAGCUACCUCCUUCCUCAAAGAGAACCUGAAAGUGCUCCGUGUGAAAUUUGAUGAUAACAGAGAACUUCCAAACUGGAUGUAUGGCCUGCGCAACUUAGAGGAGCUCUAUCUCACAGGAUCUCUAAGUCCUGAUGCAUCCAAAAACAUAGUGCUUGAGUCACUGCGGGACAUGAAGUGUUUGAAAACUCUCUCCCUUAAAAGUAAUUUGACCAAGAUACCCCAGUCUAUAGUGGAUGUUUCCAGCCAUCUGCUGCGGCUAUACUUUCACAAUGAUGGCACUAAGUUAGUAAUGCUCAACAACCUGAAAAAGAUGACCAACCUGAUCGAGCUGGAGCUAGUGCGUUGUGAUCUGGAACGCAUCCCGCAUGCAAUCUUCAGCCUAACGAAUCUGCAAGAGCUUGACCUGAAAGAGAAUAACCUUCGAUCAAUAGAGGAGAUAAUCAGCUUCCAACAUCUUCGAAAACUCACUUCCCUCAAACUUUGGUACAAUGGUAUCAUGUAUAUCCCAGAGCAUAUCAAAAAGCUUGGCAGUCUAGAGCGCCUUUACUUCAGCCACAACAAGAUCGAGGUAUUGCCUUCGCACCUGUUCUUGUGCAACAAGCUGCGCUACCUGGACCUGUCCAACAAUGACAUCCGAUUCAUCCCUCCAGAAAUUGGAGUCCUUCAGAGUCUACAGUAUUUCUCUGUCACCUGUAACAAAAUCGAAAGUCUUCCAGAUGAGAUCUUCUUUUGCAAAAAGCUCAAAACACUAAAGCUUGGGAAAAACUCACUGUCCACACUCUCGCCAAAAGUUUCCUACCUAGCUCUACUGACAUAUUUGGACCUCAAAUACAACCACUUUGAGAUUCUGCCACAGGAGCUUGGUUGCUGUCAUGCUUUGAAGCGCAGUGGCCUUAUAGUGGAAGAGACACUGUUUGAAACUCUGCCUUCUGAUGUCAGGGACCAAAUGAAGGCUGAGUGAGAUGCCUUAUAUGGGUCAUCUCUUCUCCUACUGUCAAUCCGUGCUAGGGUUACUGAACGCGAUAUGCUGUACACCAUAUUAUCUUCUGAUAUGAACAACAACUACACCAGCGCAACAUCAGAAGAGAUAACUGAUGCGAAGAAUGGACGGCCUCAUCAUCGCAGCGAAACAUGGCAUAUAAACAGAGGCGUCGUUCGGUACUGCUGCCAUCGAAAUAACUGCACCAGACCUCCUGAAGGAAUGUUCACCCUCACAGAAGUAGCCUCCCUGAAUGACAUCCAGCCAACGUACCGGAUACUGAAACCAUGGUGGGAUGUCUUCAUGGAUUAUCUUGGUAUCGUCAUGUUGAUGUUGGCCAUAUUUUCUGGAACGAUGCAGUUGACAAAGGACCAAGUCGUUUGUCUUCCCAUUCUGGAACAAACUCCAGAGGGAUCUGGGGGCUUCAUAGAACCCCAACCACCAGAGAUAGCUGAUAGUUUAUGGAACAAAGAAAGCGCCAUUGGAGAGCAAGCCGCUCCGUUAAUGGCUAAAAGGCCUCCUGAUAGCAUCGCCCCUACAGUUCCCUUCCCACAGUCUGGUACAUUUGGACAGCCUCAGCCUACAGGUGUCAGGACCAAGCUGGAUUUUCAGCAGUAUGUUUUCGUCAAUCAGAUGUGCUACCAUGUUGCCCUUCCUUGGUAUUCCAAAUAUUUCCCAUACCUCGCUCUAAUCCACACUAUUGUAUUAAUGGUCAGUAGCAAUUUCUGGUUCAAGUACCCAAAGACAAGUUCCAAAAUAGAACAUUUUGUUUCCAUACUGGGAAAGUGUUUCGAAUCGCCCUGGACUACCAAAGCACUGUCCGAGACUGCCUGCGAGGACUCGGAGGAGAACAAGCAGAGACUGGCCGGUGCCUCCUCCCUCCUGAAGCAUCUGUCCACAAGCAGCGAGGAGGGCAGUCCAAACCAGUCCGCCCCAAUGCUGACCAAAUCUGGGGUCACGUUUUCUGCUGAAAAGCUUGUAAGUGAAGUUCCCGCCAUGACCAUACUGGACAAGAAGGAUGGCGAGCAAGCUAAAGCCCUGUUCGAAAAGGUCAGGAAAUUCCGUGCCCACGUGGAAGACAGUGACUUGAUCUACAGGCUGUAUGCCAUUCAGACAGUCAUCAAAACAAUCAAGUUCAUUUUGAUCCUGUGCUACACGAUGACUUUUGUUGCUUCUAUAGAUUUUGACCAUGUGUGUGAGCCUGAAAUAAAGCAUUUGACAGGAUACACAAAGUUCCAUUGUACACACAACAUGGCGUUCAUGUUAAAGAAACUCCUUGUUAGUUAUAUUGCUCUCAUAUGCGCUUAUGGCAUAAUCUGUUUAUACACACUGUUCUGGCUUUUCCGACGACCACUGAAGGAGUAUUCUUUUGAAAAAGUCAGAGAAGAGAGCAGCUUCAGUGACAUUCCAGAUGUUAAGAAUGACUUUGCGUUCCUCCUCCACAUGGUCGAUCAGUACGACCAGCUGUAUUCUAAGCGUUUUGGUGUUUUUCUCUCUGAGGUGAGUGAGAACAAACUUCGGGAGAUCAGCCUGAACCACGAGUGGACCUUUGAGAAGUUGCGGCAGCAUGUGACACGCAAUCCUCAAGAAAAGUUGGAACUCCAUCUGUUUAUGCUCUCCGGAGUGCCAGAUGCUGCGUUUGAUCUCACCGAUUUGGAAAUCCUUAAACUGGAAUUAAUCCCAGAGGCAAAGAUAACAGCUAAGAUCUCACAAAUGAUAAACCUCCAGGAACUGCACUUCUAUCACUGUCCUGCCAAAGUUGAACAGACUGCAUUCACUUUCCUUCGUGAUCACCUCCGGUGCCUUCAUGUCAAAUUCACAGAUGUCGCUGAGAUCCCUAGUUGGGUAUAUUUGUUGAAAAGUUUAAGGGAACUGUACUUGGUUGGUAACCUGAACUCUGAAAACAACAAAAUGAUCGGACUCGAGUCUCUGCGAGACCUCAGGCACUUAAAGAUUCUACAUCUCAAAAGCAACCUCACAAAGAUCCCGACAAACAUAACGGAUCUGUCUCCGCAUCUGAUCAAGUUGGUCGUUCACAAUGACGGUACAAAGCUCUUAGUUCUCAAUAGUUUAAAGAAAAUGAUGAAUCUCGCCGAACUGGAGCUUCUUAACUGUGAGCUGGAGCGAAUACCCCACGCUAUUUUCAGUUUGAACAACCUUCAGGAACUGGAUCUAAAAUCCAACAACAUUCGUACCAUCGAGGAGAUCAUCAGCUUUCAGCACCUCAAGAGACUGACGUGCCUCAAACUUUGGCACAAUAAGAUCAUCACCAUUCCGUUGUCAAUUAGCCAUGUCAAAAACCUUGAGUCCCUCUAUCUCUCACACAACAAGCUCGAGGCUCUACCCUCAUCCUUAUUCACCCUUCUCAAGUUGAGGUACCUCGAUGUUAGCCACAACUCUAUAGUGGUGAUACCGCCGGAGGUUGGCUUUCUGCAGAACCUCCAACAUUUUGCGAUUACUGGCAACAAAGUUGAGGUGGUUCCCAAGCAACUGUUCAAGUGCAACAAACUGAGGACCUUGUGUCUCGGCCACAACUGCAUCUCCUCCAUUCCAGAGAAAAUAUGCCAACUCUCUCAGCUGACACACCUGGAACUGAAGGGGAACUGUCUGGAUCGUCUCCCAGCUCAGCUCGGUCAGUGCGGCCUCCUGCGCAGAAGCUGCCUGAUUGUGGAGGAUCAUCUCUUUGACUUGCUCCCCAUGGAGGUCAAAGAGAGCAUCAAUCAGGAAUCUACUGUUUCUUUUCCAAAUGGCUGCAAGUGUCUAAGUGAUGGACGGUAGUCACACCCCAUGUGGUAGUAAAUGUCUGGCAUUUUAUCGUAGGUGUAUCAAGGUCAUUUUUAAAAUCCUGCCUUUAGAAACAGUAGUUCAGGUUUUGGUACGCUUCAUGAUGUUUUAGCAACUUUUAAAAGGAACAUACCACAGCACAUACAAGGUCGGUACCACUGUAGACAUUUUAGAUGAACUCUAGAAAUGAUCAUGGCUUGUGUGGCGUCUAUAUACCUUUUAAUUUUCUUUCAGUUAAUGUAAAUGCAUCGUAGCAGAUAAAACACUCACACUUUUACCUUUUUGUAUGCAAAAAUAUCUAAAGUAGAUAUAUGGAAAUGUGUAUGAUUUAAAAUAAUCCCCCUUUUUAUUUUAUUAUCCUCAUAUUACCAAGAUACACUUGACUGACCUCAUCUUGAAAGGGAAGUUCACUCAAAAUACAAAAAGAAAAUCUCACUUACCUGUUAUCAGGUAGUUUUGAAAUUUCUGCUUCCACUCAAAUAAAAUGGAUGCAAACAGAAUAGAAUAGAAUUUGGUCCAUGGUGCUCAAACAAUAAAAUGUUAUGUUUGAAAAGACAGCAAUAUUUCUUUCCAGUAAUCGUGUCUCCAUUACCCUGGGUAAGACCGUACAGUGUUUAUUACAGCUACAUUUGAUCAAAGACAUAAUCUUUGUGAAACCUGUUUACAGCAAGUGUCUGGGACUUUGUUUCUGGAAGUAGGUGUUGCUGUUGAAAGCUGUAAGCAGCUAAUUCCAUUCCCCUCACAUGUGUUGGGAUGGAGGCAGAAAUCUCAGGUAUUGAUAUUUUGAAACUUGAACAAAUAAAACCAAAACUAUCUGGAUUGCCGGAUGAUACUAAUUGAGAAAAUAGGUUUUUAUGUUAUUUGAUAAAAAAAACAUCAACUCAAGGUCCAAGUGCCAGCAUACAUGUGAAAUGACCACUGAGCAAACUCCCUCUGCUCCAGUAGAAGAUAUUUAUUGGACCUUGAGUUAAGAUUAUUACUGAUGAUGAUACUGCUACUACUGCUUCCAAGGUGGUCAGACUCCUUUACUCCACCACUACAGUGUGGACCACAGUGACAUGUGCUGCACAGCAAAUUGAAGAACUGUGUAGGUAUAACCUAGUAUUCCUAUGAAGCCUAUGCAUUCAAUUUGAAUAUACUUGUAAUAUAUUUUUAUGUUACACACCAAAAUGAUGACGGUUGUCAUCUGGGAAAUGUUUUGAAUCAUGCUUUUAUUUUUGAUACAUUUUAUUUUCUUCCUCCAAAGGGAUAGGCAGUAGAUUGUUUCCUUUCUUGUGUACAGCCAAGCCACAAUAAUGUUUGUCAAUAGUUAUACUUUUGCUCACAUGUUUGAAUACUUUUCAUUCUUGUAAACAGUGUAUUUAUCAUGCAUUUUGUGAGAUCUUUGUAUGUAUUUAUUAUGUCAUUUUCUUUUAUCUGUUUUUCUCUCUGCACAGCACUUUGCGAACCUGGUUUUUAAAUGUGCUACAUGAAUAAAAUAAUGAAU